AUGAUAAAAUUUUUAACUCCUAAAAUAAAAAUUUUAAAAAAAUUAAAUCUUCCUUUUUUAUUAUAUUUAUCUAGUAAAUAUAAUUAUAAAUUAAAAAUUAAUAAAUAUGUCUAUAAAUCUUAUUUUGAUUUAAAAUUAAAAUUUGUAAGAUAUAUUUGUUAUAAUUAUUGUAUAACAUUUAAACAAUAUUUACAUUAUUUAAAAAAAAUAAAGAGUUAUAAUGAGAAUAAUUUAUAUUUUAAAUUAUUAAAUUUAUUAGAAUCUAGAUUAGAUGUUUUUUUAGUUAAUAUAGGGGUUUUUAAAACUAUAUUACAAUCUAGAUAUUAUAUAAAGUAUAAAUAUGUAUAUUUAAAUAAUGUUUAUUGUAAUUAUUAUAAUAUUAAAUUAAAAGGUAAUGAUAUAAUUUUUUUUAAUAAAAAAAUUAAAUAUAUAAUUUUACAAAAUUUAAUUUAUAGAUAUAAUAUAUAUAUUUAUAUAUCAAAUUUAUAUAAAUAUAAUUUUAUUAAAUCUUCUAGUUUUAAUGAUAAUUUUAUUAUAUGUAUAUAUAAUUUUAAAAUAAAAAUAUUAAAUGAUUUAUAUUUAAAUAAUAUUUUAUAUAUUUAUAAUAAUAUUUAUAAUAUAUAA